UUACUCUAGAAGUCACAUUUGGCAGAUGAUAAGAGUAGCUGUAGCUGGCACUGCAGGGGGUGAGUGACUCUUUUGGAGAGAGCAUCUGGAAAAGAGGAAUCCAUCUUCCUUGCUGGAUCUAGCAAGAUGCGUGAAAUUGUGCAUGUCCAGAUUGGUCAGUGCGGGAAUCAGAUUGGUGCAAAGUUCUGGGAAAUCAUCAGCGACGAGCAUGGGAUUGAUACCACAGGAAAUUAUCACGGUGAUUCACCGUUGCAGCAGGAAAGAAUUAAUGUGUACUUCAAUGAAGCGUACUCUCAUAAGUAUGUUCCUCGUGCUAUCCUGGUAGACUUGGAACCUGGAACAAUGGACAGUGUGCGAUCCAGCAAAAUAGGUCCACUCUUUCGGCCCGAUAACUUCAUUCAUGGAAAUUCAGGUGCUGGUAACAAUUGGGCAAAGGGUCAUUAUACCGAAGGGGCCGAAUUGAUUGAAAAUGUAAUGGACAUUGUGAGGAAUGAAUCUGAAGGAUGUGACUGCCUCCAGGGCUUUCAGCUUGUCCAUUCUCUUGGAGGUGGGACAGGCUCUGGAAUGGGAACCCUUCUGAUUAACAAGAUCAAAGAAGAAUAUCCUGAUAGGAUCAUGAACACUUUCAGUGUGGUGCCCUCACCCAAAGUUUCAGACACUGUUGUUGAACCGUACAAUGCCAUCUUAUCCAUCCACCAGCUGAUAGAAAAUACAGAUGAAACCUUCUGCAUCGACAAUGAAGCUCUGUAUGACAUCUGCUUUAGAACACUGAAGCUCCCCACACCAAGCUAUGGAGAUCUCAACCAUUUGGUGUCCCUCACCAUGAGUGGUGUCACUACCUCACUUCGCUUUCCUGGCCAACUCAAUGCAGAUUUGAGAAAGUUGGCCGUCAACAUGGUGCCUUUUCCCAGACUUCACUUCUUUAUGCCAGGAUUUGCUCCACUAACAGCUCGGGGCAGUCAACAAUACCGAGCUCUGUCAGUCCCAGAACUUACGCAACAGAUGUUCGAUGCUCGGAAUAUGAUGGCAGCUUGUGACCCACGUUACGGGCGGUAUUUGACAGUGGCCUGCAUCUUCAGAGGCCAAAUGUCUACAAGGGAAGUGGAUGAGCAGUUAUUGGCUGUGCAGACUAAAAAUAGCAGUCACUUUGUGGAAUGGAUCCCCAACAAUGUUAAAGUGGCUGUUUGUGACAUUCCUCCUCGUGGUCUAAAAAUGUCGGCCACCUUCAUAGGUAACAACACGGCCAUUCAGCAGCUCUUCAGACGCAUCUCUGAUCAGUUCUCAGCAAUGUUCAGAAGAAAAGCAUUUCUCCAUUGGUACACUGGUGAAGGGAUGGAUGAAAUGGAAUUUUCUGAGGCAGAAGGCAACACCAAUGACUUGGUUUCCGAAUACCAGCAGUAUCAGGAUGCGAAAGCUGAUGUAGAAGAAUAUGAGGAAGUGGAGGAGGAAGUCAGGGAAGAAGAAAAGGAAACAGCUUAAAUGGAAAAGCAAUGACUGACCUUUGAUCUUUAAAAAACAAAACUUUAUUAAUAUGCCAAUUAUUACCAAUUAAAGUGGCUGGCCUCACUCCAAAAAGGAACUUUUAUUAAAUCAAAUGCAGGAACAAUUACUAUGCAUUAAGCUAAGAUGUAUCUAACUCUUUUUUUUUUCUCUUAAAAUGCAUUGAAGAACUAACCCAACAUCUUAGUGUUUGAUUUAAGAGCUUCAUCUUGGGCAAUGAGUAUUUCCUUUGAAUCAGUGCCUUAACUGUAGUGCUUCAAACAAAGAAGCAAAGCUAAUCACAUGAUGUGCUAAAUUAGGAGGGCAGAGAAUGUGAUUGUUCAACUUGUAGAUUUUGCUGUAGAACAGGUCUAGAACAUGUCUUAACCCUGGCAACUUUAAGAUAUGUGGACUUCAACUCCCAGAAUUCCCCAGCCAGCGCACAUAUCUUAAAGUUGUCAAGGUAGAGAUACACUGACUUAGAGUCUUGUCACUUGAAUAUACCAGCCAACCUAUAUAGUUUAUUAUGGAGAAGGACCACUGCUAUUGCCAUUUGUGUUUCACUCUUCUAGUAUAUUUAAGCUUUUGCAGAUUUAAGAUGAGCAGCUUAAUGAAUAUAAACUCUAACAAGAUUAAAAAUUAUUACCUCUUAAAUCAUUUGACCUACAUUUUAUGUGGACCUUUGAACCUAUUAAUUGGACAGACGUUCUUUUCAUUGGAUCAGCUCUCUCACAUAAGGCAAGAAUAUAGGAAUGAUGCUGCAGGAUGAAAUCAAAUGGUCCAGAGUUCCACCAGCUAAACAUUCUGGAAAGGGUUCAACAGCCCUUACCAUUAUCUAAAAACAUGUCAAUUGCCUUUGAACACAGAGAUUUUAUUUAACCACGAUAGUUAAAAGCUAUUGAUAGAUCUUAUUAUUAAUUUACCCAGUCAUUCAUUAGAGUCUAAAAGUGAUGGAUUAUUUUCAUUUUGAAUCAAUUAAUAUAACACAGUGAGCAGCACUGGGUUGGUUGGUUGGAAAGCUGAGCUCCACGUGAUGGCGUGAGCUCCCAUCCUUGCCCCAGCUCCUGCCAACUUAGCAGUUCAAAAGUAUGCAAAUGCAAGUAGAUAAAUAGGUACCCCUUUGGUGACAUCAUGCUGGCCACAUGACUGCAGAAAUGUCUUUGGACAGCACUGGCUCAAUAGCCUGGAAACGGAGAUGAGUACCACUUCCUAUAGUCAGUAACAACUAGCAGAGGAAAACCCUCCUUUACAUGUUAUCUUUUUUUAAUGUAAAGCAUUACAGGUAGUCCUCUACUUACAACUAAUCAUUUAGUGACUAAAGUUAUGACAGCAUUGAAAAAAGUGACUUAUGACUGGUUCUUGCAUUUAUGAUGGUCAGUGUCCCUGCAGUCAUGUGAUCAAAAUUCAGGCAUUUGGCAAUCAUGAUGGUUGCUGCAUCUCAGGGUCACGUGAUCAUCAACUGUGAUCUUCUCAGUUGGCUUCCAACAAGCAAAAUUAAUGGUGGAAACUGGAUUUUUAAAUAUGAGAUAAGAGACAUAAAGAGGAAAAAUAAAAAAGAGGAAAUACUAAGUGUGGAAAUAAAAGAAAUCUUGGCUAUUAAAUUGGAGACUCUAAGAGACUCUGGAGAAUUACAAGAAAAAUAAAAAUAUUACUUCGUAUUAUUAAUUGGUUGAUGCAGACGGUGAGAAUCAUGUAUAGAUCAGAGGUGUAUCUGGAACCUUAGACUGUGGGGGAACCGUGAUUUUAAACUGAUCAUUUAAAAUUUGGAAAUGAAAAAGAUUAAACUUUACAUUUAAAAUAUUAAA